CCACCGGGCGGGAGGGAAAGGGGGGCACCGGGGGGACCCCAAGCGUGACGGGACACGGGGGGCCCUCGUGGUAUGGGGAUCACCCCCAGCUGGGAUUUGGGGUGCGCCUGGGGCAUGGUAGGGGGGUCCCCAAAAAUGUCCCGCCCGCUUGUGGGAUGCUGCUCGUGUAUGGAGGUCCCCGAAAGUGUGGGGCUCCCCUAGGGUUAUAGGGACACUCCAGGGAGUAGUGGGUAUGCCCCAGAGUAUGGGGGGUCUGCAUAAGAAUAGGGUGCCCCAGGGAUAUGGGGUUGCUCACGGGGGAAAGAGGUGUCUUUCUGAAAUCCAUGAUUUCAGGUCUGCACGGAAACAUGAGAGGUGACCACAGGCAACACCCCAGGGGGCUGUGAGGGUGCUCUGGAGCUGGGGGUUGUCCAAAAUAGGGUGGGUGUCCCCAGGAUGGGUGUCCUUGGGUGUGUAGUGACACCCAAGGGAUAUGAUAGUGCUCUACAACUGUAUCGGUGUCCCCAGGGAAGAAAGGCACCCCAAAAGUGGGGAGUACUCACAGAAAGCUGUGAGGAUGGGGGUGCUCCAAGGGUUCGUGGGUAUCCCAGAGGAAUGUGGGUGCCUGGGGGAUGCUCUUGGAUGCAGGUUUCCCCUAAAGGCAACAGGGGUACUCAGAGGAGUGAGCCAGGGGGUUCUCUAAGUCUGUGGGGCUGGCACGGGGGCACAGCUCUGUCUGAUGGCAUGGUUCGACUUGGGUCAGUCAGCUCGGCAUGGCACAGCUAGGGUGAGAUGGAAAUGGGACUCUACUUGGGAGGGGUCCCCCACAGCAACCCCCAACAGGGGGCAAACCAGCCCUGCAGUUCACCUGUGCACCCUCCAAAAUGCUGGUACCACCCUUGCUCUAUCCAUGGGGAAACUUGAGUCACAGAGCUUGGCACUGCCAUCACCCACUGGCCAUGGCCUCGGAGAGCUUCCAGUCUCCUGGGGGGACUGCAGCACCCAGGGGUGUCUUGGAGCGGAGCCUCGCACCCACUGAGGGCCUGGGGACAAGGUGAGGACCCCCAGCUGGAGAACCCCAGGAGGCAUUACUGCAGGGGUGACAAUGCACCCCUGGGUGUACUGCCAGUACGGGGUGGCCUGGGACACCCUGGGACAGGAGAGUGACGGGGUCUGCGGGCUUCCCUUAGCCCAGGAAAAGCAUCCUGGGGGGGACUGGGGAAGGGUCCCUUGGGCUACCACUUCCCCUUUAUGCUGGGAGAAGGUUUUGCAAUCUCGCUUCCUCCCCAGGCAGCAUAAAGAGGGCAGCGGAAGGAAGGGGCACUGGGUAGUGGCACAGCACGGUUGCAGUGAGAAAAAGCUUGGGACUGAGAGAAGACCCCAGAUUUGAGGGGACAGUGACAGCAGCGAGUGGCUGAGCAUGGGGAACAUGAGGAUGCCUGACAGAGCCCAGCUGAGCAACAGGAAGACCAAAGAUGUGAAAUAUUUCCAAAGCCUCCUGCAAAGUGUGUGAUGUCUUUCCGUCUGAGGCUUGAAACCACUCACGGAGGAACAGGACUGGGAGGGGGAAGAAGGGCAUGAAACACCUUCAGAUGUUCUUCAGUGCUGCCUGCCCCAGGCACCAUGACCACAGCCUGGCUGAGGUGGCAUGAGAGGCAGCUGCAGCAGUGAUACUUGAGGGGGUGGAGAGGCUGGUGGGAUCCAGGGGUACUUGAAGAACUUCAGAGGUCCCCACUGGGCUCUGAGAUGCUCAAAGAGCUCAGAAGGCUUUUGAAGGACCCACACAAACCAGGGGACCCCACAGUUGCCAGAGAAGCCAGGUAUCUCCUAGAGAUAUGUGAUGCUACAUUGAUGGGGGAGGCCCCCAACCAGAGAAGAGGUGGUCAGUCUGUGAGGGAACCCCUUCUUCCAUGGGUCAGGGAAGGGACAGGAUUGGGGUAAAGUGGAGGAAACCAAGGGGUGCAGGGGGUGUUUUACAAGGGGACGUAUGAGAGACAGUGUCUGCCUGCAACACUGCCCAUUACCUAGGACAGUGUGGAUACAGUGGAGUGCCUGGGAGGGCGCCUGGGCGGCAGUGGAGAUGCCAGGGGGCCCAGAGAUGCUGUCACACCUGGCCCACACCACUCUGCCACCCCACACUCAUGCCAUUUUGUGCUCCACAGACAAAAUGGAGUCCUUGUCCUUCAGUGGGGAUUUGUCCAGCUUACUCUCUCUCUACAACUACACCUAUGACUACAGCACGGCCCUGCCUGACAUCGCUAUCUCCUCUGCCCCAUGCCGGCCUGAUAGCUCCGUCCUCAACAAGUACCUGGUGGUGGUGAUCUACUGCCUUGUCUUCAUCCUCAGUGUAGUGGGGAAUGGGCUAGUGGUGCUGGUGGUGACCUCCGGCCACACCAGCCGCUCUGUCACUGACGUCUACCUGCUCAACCUGGCCGUGGCAGAUUUGCUCUUUGCUUUCACCCUGCCCUUCUGGGCUGCCUACCGAGCCCACGAGUGGGUCUUUGGCACUGUGAUGUGCAAAGCCAUCUCCGUGCUGCAGGAAGCCAACUUCUACAGCAGCAUCCUGCUGCUGGCCUGCAUCAGCGUCGACCGCUACCUGGCCAUUGUCUAUGCCACCCGGGCUGCCACUGAGAAGAGGCACUGGGUGAAGUUUGUCUGCUUGGGCAUCUGGGUCUUCUCUGUGCUGCUCUCCCUGCCCAUGCUGCUCUUCCGUGAGGCUUUCACCUCACCCAACAAUGGCACCGUGUGCUAUGAGCGUAUUGGUGAAGGGGAUACGGCCAAGUGGCGGGUGGUGCUGCGGGUGCUGCCGCAGACCUUCGGCUUUGCCUUGCCCCUCCUGGUGAUGCUCUUCUGCUAUGGUGUCACCAUCCACACCCUCCUGCAGACCAAGAAUGCUCAGAAGCAGCGGGCCAUGAAGGUCAUCUUUGCCGUGGUGCUCGUCUUCCUGGUCUGCUGGCUGCCCUACAAUAUCACACUGGUGAGCGACACCCUCAUGAGGACACGGGCCAUCGCCGAGACCUGUGAGAGGAGGAACCGCAUCAACACGGCCCUCUCUGUCACACAGGUCCUGGGCUUUGCCCACAGCUGCAUCAACCCCAUCAUCUAUGCCUUCAUCGGUCAGAAGUUUCGCAACAGCUUCCUCAAGAUCCUGGCGCAGCGUGGGCUGAUCAGCAAGGAUGCUGUUGCCCGCUACGGCCGUGCCUCCUAUGCCUCCACCUCUGGCAACACAUCCACCACCCUCUGAGCCCUUCUGGUACCCAGUCCUCGUGACUCCCAGCAGAUCCCAGCACCCUACACACCUCAGCAUCCUCAUCCAGCCCCCUGGAACGUGGGUGGUGAUGCUAUGGGGAUGGGCAGGGCCACCACUGGAUGCUGGACCCCAGCUGGAAGGGGGCUUGGGUGGCAAGGUGAUAGGAUUCCAUUGCCAGAGGAGUGAUGCCAAGUGCUGCCCACCCUCCCCUCUCUUUGAGACAAAACCUGUGACUCUGGGGAUUCUGAGAGCCUGCUGUGGGGAUGGUGUUUGUGGCCGUCGACCAUGCAGCAAUAAAGGAGUUAGUGGGUUGAUCA